CUAGUUUUAAAGAAGGCAUGAAUUUUCAGUUUAGCACAUGGAUAAAACGUGUUGAGAUAUUUUAUUGCAUUAAAAUAAGCAUUUGAUUUGUUAAAUAAAUAUGUCAGUACCUAAUAAAGUUUUAAUGCGAAAAAUUAAGAAAAAAGAAAGGAAGAAACUUGAAGUAUUGAAAGAACGGGAGAAGCAAGUGCAAGAUUAUAAAUGUGAAGCCCCAAUUGAAAAUUUAGAAGAUGAUAUUCAAGAAAAUGAGGUAGAUGUUAUGAAUGAAUCGAAACGACGUCACUCACAAGAAAGUGUGCCAGUAAAAAAGAAAAGAAAGAAAAUCGAAGAUGAUCAAAUAUCACAAGAUAACAAUACUAAUAGUAUAAAUGAAAAUUUACCUGGAUCUGCAAUGGGUCUAACGAUAGCAAAUGAUACGAAUUUUAAGGUAUUAGCAGAAUCUGUUUGUGAAAACACUUUAAAAGCAAUAGAAGACAUGGGUUUUACAAACAUGACAGAAAUACAAGCAAAAGCUAUUCCUCCUUUACUAGAAGGAAGAGAUCUAGUGGGUUCUGCAAAAACAGGAUCUGGGAAAACUUUAGCAUUUUUAAUACCAGCUGUUGAAUUAAUUUAUAAAUUGAAAUUUAUGCCUCGCAAUGGCACAGGUUGUAUUAUUAUAUCUCCAACACGAGAGUUAUCUAUGCAAACAUUUGGAGUUUUAAAAGAACUAAUGAAAUAUCAUUACCAUACAUAUGGUUUACUAAUGGGGGGUGCUAAUAGACAAACUGAAGCUCAAAAACUUGUAAAAGGAAUUAAUAUUAUCGUAGCUACCCCUGGUAGAUUAUUGGAUCAUCUACAAAAUACAGCAGACUUUUUGUAUAAAAAUCUUCAAUGUCUGGUUAUUGACGAAGCUGAUCGUAUCUUAGAUAUUGGUUUUGAAGAAGAACUGAAACAAAUUAUUAACAUUUUACCAAAAAAGAGAUUAACAAUGUUGUUUAGUGCAACACAAACCAAGCAAACGGAAAUGUUAACAACUUUAGCUCUAAAAAAAGAACCAGUUUAUGUCGGUGUUGAUGAUGAUAAGGAAAAGGCAACAGUAGAAGGUUUAGAACAGGGUUAUGUUGUGUGCCCCAGUGAAAAGAGAUUUUUACUUUUAUUUACUUUUUUAAAAAAGAACAGAAAGAAAAAGGUUAUGGUUUUCUUCAGUUCAUGUAUGUCAGUCAAAUAUCAUCAUGAACUACUAAAUUACAUUGAUUUGCCAGUAUUAAGCAUACAUGGGAAACAGAAACAAACGAAGAGAACAACAACAUUUUUCCAAUUCUGUAACGCGUCUUCUGGUAUACUCCUUUGUACUGAUGUGGCCGCCCGUGGUCUUGAUAUACCAGCUGUUGAUUGGAUUGUACAAUAUGAUCCUCCAGAUGAUCCUAAGGAAUAUAUUCACCGUGUUGGUAGAACAGCUCGAGGAGAAGGUAGCAGCGGUCAUGCGUUACUAAUUUUAAGGCCAGAGGAACUUGGUUUUCUCCGUUAUCUUAAACAGGCUAGAGUACCUGUAAACGAAUUUGAUUUUUCAUGGAAUAAAAUUGCUGAUAUUCAAUUACAGCUUGAAAAAUUGGUUUCGAAGAAUUAUUUUUUAAAUAUGUCAGCAAAAGAAGCCUUCAAAGCAUAUGUGAGGGCAUAUGAUUCUCAUCAUUUGAAACAAAUUUUUGAUAUUGAAACCCUGGACUUAUCAAAGGUCGCAAAAUCUUUUGGGUUUGUGGUUCCACCAGCUGUGGAUUUGAAAGUGGGAGUAAGUAAAAAUUCCCGACCACGAAAAAGAUUAGGUGGAGGCGGUUAUGGAUACUCUAAAUUUAAAUCACGGUCUAACUUUUAAAUUGAUUGUGUUAUAUAAAAUGCAAAAUACAAUUUACCUAAUUUUAUAGAAAUAAAAUAUAUUUCAUAAAAAAA